AUGAGCGUAUCAGGUGACCAUUCGUCGGAAAGAGCCGUGAUAUCUGCUUACUGCGUCUCGCACGCGAUUGCCAGGGGCAGAUCACAACAACAACAACAACCUUGCCAACAUCUUCCAUCGCCGCGACCCUCGGCCUCUCGUCUUGCCUCCUCCCUCAACGAAGCCCCGUACUGCCUCAAGAGCUUCGUGGAAGAAGCGGCUUUCAGGCGGAAAGAGGAGACAGUCUUGUACCUCGCCUAUGGCUCCAACCUUGCUGCUCGCAAGUUCAAGGGCGAGCGCGGCAUCAAGCCUCUCUCGCAAAUCAAUGUACAAGUUCCUUCUCUUCGGAUGACAUUCGAUCUGCCAGGUGUGCCAUACUCAGAACCUUGCUUCGCGAAUAGUGCCCGCCGAGAUCCGAACAACGACCCUCCCAAGGAAGGUGCAGCAACGAAGUACGACGAGAAGUCUGCGCUGCUUGGGCAGUCGGUGAAGGAGCAAGACUACAGAAAGAACCGCUGGCACAAAGGCAUGAUAGGCGUCGUCUACGAAGUGACGCCGGAAGACUAUGCGCACAUCAUUGCGACAGAAGGAGGUGGCUCCGCAUACCAGGACAUUUUGGUCGCUUGCCAUCCUUUGGAUAGCUCUGAUCCGGACGCGCCAGUCCCGCAGGACCCUUUCUUGCCGCCCUUUAAAGCGCAUACGUUGUUUGCGCCCGCAGAACCCGAAGGUGACGAACCAGAGCAUCACCUACGUCGUCCCGAUCCAGACUAUGCACAAGCUUCCGCACGCUAUCUGAAACUCAUCACGGACGGUGCAGCAGAAUGUAAUCUGCCUUAUGAAUACCAGGACUACCUGCUCUCCUUGCAGCCGUACACCAUCACGACGAAGAAGCAGCGGAUGGGCCAGAUUGCUUUCACUGCUACGUGGGUACCGAUUGUCAUCCUUCUGUUUACUUUCGCAAAGAUGUUUACCGAUAAGAAUGGCCAGCUACCGACGUGGGCUAAGAAGAUGUUUGCGACAGUCUUUCAGGCUGUGUGGACGAGUUACGAUAAUGCCUAUAAGCCCCUGUUCGGAGAUGGCGAGCGAACCCUAGGUGACAGUCCGGACGAGAACGGGUCUGCGCGAAGCCCGCAGACUUCACGACGGCGUGAGAGACGAUCAGACGUGGAGAAAUCUCCAGUAUGA